AUGAUUCUAACCAAAGGAACGCCACCAUGGCUAAUCAGCAAAGUAAUGGAGGCCAUUAGAGGCAAAAAGGCAUCCUUUAAAUGUGAAAGUCAAAUCCAAGCAAGAAUACAAGAAGGUACACAAACUCUCGCAAGUAUAAUAAGGGAAGACAGCAAAGAAUUUGAGAAGCAACUUGUUAAUGAUGCAAAAACUAAUAAUAAAAACAUUUUUAAGUACACCAGAAGUAGGAAGCCCGUCAAAGACGCAGUGGGGCCACUAAAUGACAAAGGCAUUAAAGCAGCACUCAAGGAAGACAGGGCCAUUGCAGAGACACUAAAUGAAUUCUCUGCAUCAGUCUUCAUUGCAGAGGAUGUGAUGGAGAUGGCCACAUUAGAGCUAUUCUUUUUGGGCGACAAAUCUGAAGUACUGUCUCAAAUUGAUGUGUCAGUAGAAGAGGUUUUAGAACAAAUUGAUACACUAAACUGUAAUAAGUCACUGCGACCAGAUGGUCUUCACCCAAGACAGAUACAAGGAACAAUCUUCCCAGCUCCAAAUUUCAACCCAGUUAUGGAUGCCCAGAUGCUGGGGGGAGCCCUACAGGGGAUAGGUUGUGAAAAGGACAUGGUGAUUGAUAUUCUAACACAGCGUUGCAAUGCACAAAGACUUAUGAUUGCAGAGGCUUACAGGGACAUGUAUGGCAGGGAUUUGAUUAUGGACCUGAAAGAGAAUCUCUCUCAUCACUUCAAAGACGUCAUGGUUGGCCUGAUGUAUCCACCUGCAUCCUAUGAUGCCCAUGAGCUCAGGCAUGCUAUGAAGGGAGCAGAGAUGGAAGAGAACUGUCUAAUUGAUAUAUUAGCCUCAAGAUCAAAUGGGGAGAUCUUCCAAAUGAAAGAAGCCUACUUAAUGCAAUACAACAAUGAUAUUCAACAAGACAUUUAUUCUGAGACUUCAGGCCACUUCAGAGACACACUUACGAACCUCGCUCAGGGAACCCGGGAGGAAGGGUAUGCAGAUCCUGCUAUGGCUGCUCAGGAUGCAAUGGUCCUAUGGGAAGCAUGUCAGCAGAAAACAGGGGAACACAAAAACAUGAUGCAAAUGAUCCUGUGCAACAAGAGUUACCAGCAGUUGUGGAUGGUUUUUCAGGAGUUCCAAAACAUCUCUGGGCAAGAUAUAGUAGAUGCUAUUAAUGAAUGUUACGAUGGAUACUUUCAAGAACUGCUGGUAGCAAUAGUUCUCUGUGUUCGAGAUAAACCUUCCUAUUUUGCAUAUAGGCUUUACAAUGCAAUCCAUGAGUAUGGUUUCCAUAAUAAAACUGUUAUCAGGAUUUUGAUUGCCAGAAGUGAAAUAGAUCUGAUGAAUAUAAGACGACGAUACAAAGAGAGAUAUGGGAAAUCUCUGUUUCAUGAUAUCAAACAUUUUGCUUCAGGACAUUACGAGACAGCUUUACUUGCCAUCUGUGCUGGUGAUGCUGAAGAUUAUUAAAGGAAGAAGAUAAUGAAUUUUGAAAGCUGUAUGGAUCCAUUUUUAAUAGAAAUCCAAGCCGGCCACAUUUCCUAUAACUAUUAGUUAUUCCUGCUCUAUAUAAAAAAGUGGACGAAUCAAUGCUAGAUAUUUUCUAACUUUAAAUCUUUUUGAAAACAAGACAAGCGUACAAACUUGUUUUGUCAGGAAUAUGAUUUUUCCCAACUUGUG